AACGCGUUGCCAGGGUAACGCACGCGCUUCGAAGCCGAGGUCAGGUUUGUCCAACUAUCGGAAAUAAUUUAUCUCCAAAUUCUUCUGUUGUUUUAGAGAAAACUUUUCUUCUGACUCGCUGUUACACUAAAGCAGGUGUCAGUCACACUGACCUGAACAUUAUGGAGGCUGAUCAGGACACGGCAAAGGAUCGCCUGAGGCUCCAGUUCCAGAUGCUGCAGGAACAGCAGGUGCAGCGUCUUCACAAGCGGCUGGAGAAAAAGAAACAGAUCUCUUUUGAGACAGAAAAGGACGAGAUGAGCUCGAACGGGCAGAACAGUCUGGGCCUGUCUGAGGAUGAGCAAGACUCAGAAUCCAGGUCCAGACAGCCGAAGAAGGAUAACGAUCAGCUCCAGGAGCAGGUCAGGGAGCUGCGUGAUGAGAGUGGACGACUCCAUAAACUCCUGAGUGAAAAGGAGUUUGAAAUCAAGUACCUGAAGAAGAAGAGGGAGGAGGACAGGCUGGCUGUAGUGGGCACAGCAGGACUGGCAGGAGAUGCAGCAGCAACCAAGAUCGUGGAGCUUUCAAAGAAGAAUCGUGAACUCUCAGCGGAAAUGGAGAGAGAGAAAGUCAAGAGCAAACAGCUAACCAACAGAGUGAGAGAGCUCGAGAGAGAGCUGCAAGAGAAAGCAGUAUUCAGUAACGAAGUGAAAGGAAACCACAAAGUGGAUCUGAAGAGCUCACAGCAAGAGACCACUCCACUGGUAAAGUCUCUACAGGAGAAGCUGAACAUGGCUCAGUUUAAAAUGAGUGAAUAUCGCAACCAGAUCCAGGCUCUCAGACAGGAGCUGAAGGUCGCACACAAGGCUCUGAGCAGUGAGGUCGGAGAGGAUGUGUGUUUACAGCAGAUCCUCAGUACUCCAGGAAACUGGAGAGGACGAGCACAGCAGAUCAUGGGCUUACAGAACCGAGUGAAAGAUCUGGAACAACAACUCGACUCAGCAUCCAACAGAAAUCAGCUGGGAGAGUUCAGCCCAGAGCAGUGCAUGUUGGGAAAGGGAGUCCAUCAGAGGAAACAGGACAAGAACCAGAGCUACAUCCGCACCCUAGAGAGAGACAGGAAAGAGGCACUGGAGAAGCUGAGUGUGGAGUAUGAGCUCAUACUGAAUGAGCACGCUGAGUUAAAGAAGAAACUGGAGAGCAGCAAAGCAAGGAACCACAUCCUUAGUGCUGAGCUCAAAACCCUCAAAUCUCAAAUCUUCAAACUGACCGAGAAGGGACAGCAUGACAACGAGCUCAUCGACACACUACUGAAGCAGCAGGCUCAGCUUCAGACUGUGUUGAGUCGUCUGGGUGAGAAAGUGGUGCAGCGUGACAAUACAGAGCCGAAACAGGACACACAGGAGGCUCAGAGACACAACGACAUGAUCACACAACUCAAACUGAUGGUGAAGGAGAGAGAGGAGAAAGUUCAGGAGCUUGAGCAGGAAAUCCAGCAGCUCAAACUCACCAAACUGGAGACAAAAGACACAGAGGUGAAGAUUAGCCACAAAGAGGAUGGAGACAGGAGGUCCAGCUCUGCCAGGUCAGUCUCAAAAAUGGGACACAAACUCGUAGAUUCAGCUCUAACAUUGUCUCCUGGAGACCCCACUGAUCUCAGAGAUAGCUCGCAGGCCCGGUGCUCAGUAUGCGCUGCUCUACAGGUUCAGUCUUCAGAGUAUAAAGCACUGUGUCAGGCAGCUAAUGUAGAGAGAGACCGACUGCUGGAGCUCACUAAAGUUCAACAGAGGAGAGAAGUCGAGGCCAUUCAGAAGUGUGCAGAUGCCGAGCAGAAGCUCCGGGAAGAACGUCACCGCUGUGUGCUUCUGGAGCAGCAGCUGGAGAGACUCAAGUUAGACUCUGAAAAAGCACAAAGAGUCCGUCGCAGCAGGACAGGGAGCUUGAAUGUAUCUGAGAAACAGGACAGCAGUCUUUUACACAGAAGAGCCGUGGUGUCAGCGCAUCAUGCCCAGGUCAAUGAACUCAGCUCACGACACGCUGCCCAGCAGGAGGAGCUGGAGGUCCUGAGGUCAUCUCUGGAGCAAGUUUUGCAGGCUAAAGAGGAGGACCUGCAGCUCUACAGCACCAUGAUCAGUCAGGUCAAGCAAGUCUUCAUUCAGGCUCUCCGGCAACACAAACAGAGUUUAAAACCGGAAACGUAGCGUAACAGUCUUCCCUUCCAUCAGAUGUGGACUCCUGCAGACGCAGAGCAUUGCAGCUCCGAAGCCUAGCGAUCUGGAUGGCUAAAGUUUUAUCAGUUAGGCUGAUACCAGACUUUAGCCUAGAGACUCUAUUGUAGCCCAAAAUCUUUGCACGGUAAACAUCAGCCAACUAGAUCAAGUACUGUACCAUGAGCCUCAUGGUAAAUAAAUAAACUGUUGUAGAAAGGACAUUAUUUACAUUGACACUAUUUACUGUAGAGUGUCACCUAAAUGAGGAUGAGGUUCACUUCUGAGUCUGGUUCCUCUCAAGGGUUCUUCCUCAUAUCAUCUCAGGGAGGUUUUCCUCACCGCCGUCACCUCCUCGCUCAUUAGGGAUAGGGAUAGAUGUAUAGUAUCUUAACUUUUAAAUUAAUAUUUUUGAAUUAAUUUUAAACUUUAAUUGUAUAUAUUCAUUUAUUUCUUUAUUUUUAUUCUUAUUUUAUUAAUUUCUCUCUUCUGUUUCUAUACUUCUGUAAAGCUGCUUUGGGACAAUAAGAAUUGUUAAAAGAGCUAUAUGAAUUCGAGUGGUCUAGGAGAAGUCUCCUGGCUCCAAAUCACCCAAAUCCAAGCCUACAAAAAGCCAGACCCUCGUCACAAUGGCCUGAUCUCCAACCUACCCUCCAAGAUCUAAAGCUUAGUCCCAAGACCUGAGAUUUUAGCCUGUGUUUAGCCUGAAUUUAGCAUGCACUUCCAAGCACAACAAUGUAACCUUCAAACAUUAGAUUUUAAUCUUUAAGCUUAAGAUAUUAGUAGCUGGGCUUCAGAUUUUGGCCUAAUUACUGUAUUUUAGGCUUCCGAUCAUGGCCUCCUCUGUUCCUAACCUAGACACUAGGCUAGUAGUCAUCCAUCUGUUUGUGUAUUGAAGCUGAAGGGAUUAAUAGAUUUGAGUUAAUCUUAAUGAGACUGUGCUAAUCCAGACAAAAUAAUCGUUCAGAUACGGACAAGGUAAAGACGAGACGUCAAUAUGGCUGCCAUCCUGAGCCGAUAAGAGCCGAAAAAAGAGCUU